AUGAAGGAAGGUGCAGAGGGUGGUGUGGCCUACAAGUGCUUCGACGUGGGUGAGGGUGAGAAUAAGGCAACAAGAAUAGUGUCAAGUAGAUCAAAGAAAGAGAACAGUGCAGUGAAGCAACUUGUGAGAUUUGCGUCACAUUGCCUUUACGCUCACGAAGAUCGUCUUCAAAGCUGGUUCGAAGAUCGGUCAACCAACUUCAUCUUCUUGUUUUGCCGAUCAUCUUCAGCUCGGUGA